GCCAUGUCAAAAGACCCGACGUGCAGCCAGACGGCUCAGUAUGUGGGGCCGUACAGGCUGGAGAAGACACUCGGGAAAGGACAGACAGGGCUGGUGAAACUCGGGGUGCACUGCAUCACAGGCCAGAAAGUGGCCAUCAAAAUAGUGAACCGAGAAAAGCUCUCGGAGUCUGUGCUCAUGAAGGUGGAAAGAGAGAUCGCAAUCCUAAAACUAAUUGAGCACCCGCAUGUUUUGAAACUGCAUGACGUCUAUGAGAAUAACAAGUACCUGUACCUGGUGUUGGAGCAUGUGUCUGGCGGUGAGCUUUUUGACUAUUUAGUGAAAAAAGGGAGACUGACACCUAAAGAAGCCAGAAAGUUCUUCAGGCAGAUCAUCUCAGCUCUGGAUUUCUGCCACAAUCACUCUAUCUGUCACCGAGAUCUGAAGCCAGAGAAUCUCCUACUGGAUGAAAAGAAUAAUAUCAGAAUCGCUGACUUUGGCAUGGCCUCCCUACAGGUGGGGGACAGUCUGCUAGAGACAAGCUGUGGAUCUCCACAUUACGCUUGUCCUGAAGUGAUCAGAGGUGAGAAGUAUGAUGGUCGGCGGGCAGACGUGUGGAGCUGUGGUGUGAUUCUGUUCGCUCUGCUUGUGGGUGCUCUCCCUUUUGACCAUGACAACCUGCGACAGCUGCUGGAGAAGGUGAAGAGUGGAGUAUUCCACAUGCCUCAUUUCAUCCCACCUGACUGCCAAUCUCUACUCCGCGGCAUGAUUGAGGUGGAUUCGGAAAAGAGGCUUACGCUAGAGCAAAUCCAGAAGCACGCCUGGUAUCUGUCAGGCCGUAAUGAGCCGUGUCCAGAGCAGCCGCCCCCAAGGCGUGUGUGUGUCAGGCGGAUUCUCUCUCUGACCGAGCUGGAUCCGGACGUGUUGGAGAGCAUGCACUCUCUGGGCUGCUUCCGAGAUCGAGUCAAACUGACCCGAGACCUGCAGUGUGAAGAGGACAACCAGGAGAAGAUGAUCUAUUACCUCUUACUUGACCGUAAGGAACGCUAUCCAAGCUACGAGGAUGAAGACCUACCACCCAGAAAUGAUGUAGAUCCUCCACGGAAGCGUGUGGACUCACCCAUGCUGACCCGUCAUGGCCGCUGCCGGCCAGAGAGGAAGAGUCUGGAGGUGCUGAGUGUGACGGAGCAGGGCUCCCCGACACCUCCUCGCAGGGCGCUGGACACCUCUGCACACAGCCAGAGAUCACGAUCAGUAAGUGGAGCAUCUACCGGUCUCUCCUCUAGUCCUUUAAGCAGUCCCAGGGUGACCCCUCAGGGCUCGCCCCUGCCCACACCGCUGGGCACCCCCGUCCAUCACCCCCACCCUCCCCCUUCCUCCUCUUCCUCCUCCCGUGCUGAAGGAGGAGGCGUUGGCUCGCUCUCACUGACUCCACCCACUAGCCCAGGAGGAGGCGGAGCUGGCAUGGCAGCCAGCAGCUCCGCCCACUGGAGGACCAGAUUCAAUUCAUUCAAGAACAACUUGCUUGGCUCGCCACGCUUCCACCGUCGCAAGCUUCAGGUGCCCACUUCUGAGGACAUGUCAAGCCUUACACCAGAGUCCAGUCCUGAGCUGGCGAAGCGCUCCUGGUUUGGCAACUUUAUCAGUUUAGAGAAGGAGGAGCAGAUCUUUGUGGUGAUCAGAGACAAACCACUCAGCUCAAUCAAGGCAGAUAUCGUGCAUGCCUUUCUCUCUAUUCCAUCACUCAGCCACAGCGUGGUCUCCCAGACGAGUUUCCGGGCUGAGUAUAAAUCAUCUGGAGGUCCUUCUGUAUUCCAGAAGCCUGUCAAGUUUCAGGUGGAUAUUGCCUUCUCUGAGGGGGAGAGGGAAAGAGAGAGAGAAGGAAAGAGGAAUUAUGGAAUCUACAGUGUCACAUUCACACUCAUAUCAGGCCCGAGUCGCAGAUUUAAGAGAGUGGUGGAGACGAUUCAAGCCCAGCUGCUUAGCACACAUGACCAGCCCUCAGUACAGGCUCUUGUCGCAUGUCUAACACAUUCACCAGAUGAGAAAAACGGCCGUCCUCAUGGAACGCCAACCAGACAGAACUCACGACGCUCAGAGGGAGGAGCUGACCGCUGCGAAUGGGUUGAGCGAGGUGAGGGCGGAGCCUUACUCCAGAGAAGAGGUUCAGCCAAAGAGAGGACCCGUUUGCUGUCAUCUAAUGGAACCCAAUCACAGCCUUGA